UGGUACUCGUGAUCUUGCUGCGAAAAUUGGAUUCCGACGAGGAGGGGUAACAAUUUGAUUUUGAAAAUAAUAGUAAAAGUUUUGAAAUGUGCAAGAUAGGUGCGAGAUGUGUACGAGAUAGGUGCGAGAUGUGUACGAGAUAGGUGCGAGAUGUGUACGAGAUAGGUACGAGAUGUGUACGAGAUAGGUACGAGAUGUGUACGAGAUACGUGCCUUCAACCAUUCAAUGAAAAUGCACAACAACAAAAGCAAUCCGAUCAAAACAAUCCCUAAACAGAAAGUGCGUGGUUAUAAAAAAAAAGACUGAGAAAGGAGAAUCUUGCAUGCCGCAUCUUCGAUGGAGAAUCUUGCACGACGCGUACAAACUGACCACCAAUGGAUGCCUGAACGGUUGACAACGGUAAAUGAGAUGCGACAGCAACUGAGAAAGGAGAAGAGUUGAAGUCGGGCUGCCCUUUGUCUUAGUAGAAGAGAAAGUGAGGGAGAAGGAGAAAGCCGCAAGAAGAGAACGUGAGGGAGAAGGAAAAGGAGAAAAUGACACAAAGUUAAUUUUUAGGGUUUUUUAAAUUAAAGGGUAAUAUAGACUUUUCACAGCUCAUUUGUCCUAAAAGUCUUCUUUUUUAAAAUCCCAUCUCAAAACUCUCACUACCCAUCGAAAUAAUCUCAUUUUUGGCAAUUUCCCAAGGAAGAGUUGGGCGAUGGGCCAAACAGACCCAGUGGCUUUUCUGCUCUCUGUGGGGAUCUUCGCUUCGUUGAGCUCAAAACCCUAACCAAAACCCACCCUUCAUUUUCUUCAUUUUCUUCAUUUUCUUCGUUCCAAAUCACAAUAUGUCCAAAUUUUCCUCCACAUCUCUUCUACAUUUCAUCCAUAAACGUUUUCUUAAUACCAUUUCUACUUCUACGUUGCCUUCACCCUCUUUUUCUACCAUCCAGUUCCUCACUAAUUCAUGCGGCCUUUCUUCAGGAUCUCCUACCUCCGGCGGUCGAAAGCUCCAAUUCGAUGAAAAACACAUCCACCAGUACGAAGCCAUUAUCGGUUUCUUGAAAUCUCAUGGAUUCCAGUAUCCACAGAUCGCCAAAUUGAUCUCGAGGCGACCUUCGAUCCUUCAAUCCAAAGUAUCCAACAAUCUGAAGCCUAAAUUUGAGUUCCUUCAGGAAAUCGGGUUCGUCGGUCCUUUACUUCAUAAGUUACUUCUAUCAACCCCAUGGGUUCUUGGCAGCAGCUUAGAUUCUCAGUUGAAACCAUCUUUUUUUGUCAUAAAGGAAAUGCUUGAAUCGGAUGAACAAGUAAUUGCUGCUAUUUCUCGUUUUCCAAGCCUACUAAUUUAUAAUUUGAAGGGUAAUUUUAAAUCUAUCUCUGAUAUUUUGGCCAGUGAAGGAGUACCUUCUAGGAAUAUAGCGAAAAUGAUUGCAUUGAACCCUAGAACUUCUAUGCAAAAGGCUGAUAGAAUGAUUCUUGCAGUGAAAACGGUUAAAGAAUCAGGCAUUGAACCAAAGGCUCCCAUGUUUAUUUAUGCACUUUUUGUAAGGCUUUCAAUGAACGAAUCAACUUGGAAGAAGAAAAUAAAUGUUUUGAAGAGUUUAGGAUGGUCUGAGAAUGAGAUUUUUUCAGCAUUUAAGAAAUAUCCAUAUUAUUUAACUUGUUCAGAGGAGAAAUUGAGGAAUGUUGCAGAUUUCUGUUUCAACACUGCAAAGUUGGAUAGAGAAACUCUAAUUACUUACCCUAUGUUCUUCAACACUUCACUCGACAAGCGGCUCUAUCCGAGGUACAAAGUUCUUGAGGUUUUGAAGGUAAAAAAUCUUCUUAAGAACACAAAGAUUGCUCGGGUUAUUUUACUACGAGGGGAGAAAGAAUUUAUGGAGAAAUACGUAGUUAAGCAUUUGGAUGAAAUCCCAAAUCUGAUGGACAUAUACAGAGGCAAUGUUGCAGCCGAAACCAAAUCUGUUCUAUAGGAUUGCAAAGAUGUGGGAGAGCUGUGUUGUUUUUGCAUCCAAAUUAAGGCUGUUAGUCAGGUAAAUCUAUUUGGUGUAUAUUUCUUUCUUUGGACAUGUUAAUCUUGAAAUAGGAGGCCUUUUUGUUUUCCCCUUUUCUAAUCUUUUACUCUUUCCUUGAACUUUUGUAAGUUUGUAGACUAAUUUUGAAUCUAAUUGCGUUGAAAUAGGGGUGGCUUUUUUUCAUUCCUAUUGUGGGAUGACAAA